UUUUUUCUUAACUAACUAGAUUAGAAACAUUUUUCAACUGGCACAUACUAUUUAUUUACCCAUUUUUUUUAAACGAAACUGAUCCUAAUAUUGCAGUGUUUUGUCUCAAGUUACAUACGAAUAUAUUGUUGCCUAUAGGGGCAAAAAGUCAACCUGCAGCCCAAACUGUUCCAACUCAGACCCAGCCCAAUCAGGUAAGGGAAGGGGCGGGGACAGUGCGAGCAUAUAAAUAAGCAUUUGGCAGGGGACGGAGGGAGGGAUAGCAGCACAGUGACAGCCUUGGGCACAGUUCGUUCCAUGUAGUGUUUUUCCUUUAGCCCACCUGCCCCAUGGGUCCCACUGGUCCCGCUAAGCCCACACAUCACUACUAUAUGCACUGUUGGCACAUUAGGGCAAUGGGGUUUUUUUUUAAUCAGUCCUCAGGGAGGAGGGUAAAGUCUUUGGGACGGCUACGAAUAGAAGGAACAUAUAACAGUUUGUCUCUGUAGCCUCCCAAAUAGUCAUUAUUCUUUGCCUAUGUAAAGGGUGCAUGGAUUUGUCAGAGAUGCAGCACAAAAUUAUAUGACCGAUGUAUGAAAAUGUUGUUUCAUCCAUUUAGGAACCGUUCCAAACAUAUCUGGGGCAUCAAAUGUGUGUUCAUUCUAAAUCUCACCUUUUAUAGCCAUUAGGAAGAAGAAUCAAGAACAGAAAAUAUGACUUGCCAAAUUGCUCCCUACCUGGCCCUUCCCCGGGCCCCCUAAGGAACCUUUGCACUAGAGCCACAAAGUCACAUGUGGUUCACUAAUUUCUUAAACCACUGGCACAUAAAUAUAUAUAUAUCUAUAUACCUGACUUAUAUAAAGGUGCUUAUAGAUUGAAUGUUUGGUUUGCAAAGACUCGUAGAACCAGUGCAGGACAUGGUACUGUCCCGUCCAGCUUCCAAUCUAUGAUGAAUUACAUUGUUGCUCAAUUAUAUGUGAUUUUUUUGUUGUGUCCACACUUAAAAUGAGCUGAAUGUAUAUUUAUUUUGAACAACUGUAGGAAGUGGCAGUGGCAUUUAAUGGCAUUCUUGAAAAGCAGGCUUGUGUCACUGUGGGAGGUGUGAGUCUGUGCCCAUGGGCCAUAAUCACUUUGUUUCAUUUUCCACUAAAAAGGAGGCGGCAUGGUUCCCUUUGGGAGGGUCACAGCUGUUAAUAAACCCAUAUUUUAUAUGACUGGAUUACUAUUGGAUAACUGUUUGCAGAUGGUAAUGAAUGUUGCUGUCUUCUGACUAUUUAUAUUAAUGGAUCUCAGUAAUGGCAGGCCGCGGUGGCGCGGUGCUCGCUGCUCGUCAUGCCAGGAAUUGUUGUUUUCCGCUGCCGCUGGUCUGUGGGCAGCGAUGAUUUGGUGCUGCCCGGAAUCUUCCUCUUCGUGCUGCAUAGUACCUGGUUUGUUAUGCUGUCUGUGGUUCUCUUUGGACUGACGUAUAACCCACACGAGACAUGCUCCCUCAACUUGGUAGAUCAUGGUCGGGGGUACCUGGGCAUCCUGCUCAGCUGCAUGAUUGCAGAAAUGGCCAUUAUCUGGCUGAGCAUGAGAGGGGGCAUCCUAUACACCGAGCCUCGGGACUCCAUGCAGUAUGUGCUCUACGUGCGCCUGGCGAUCCUGGUGAUUGAGUUCAUAUACGCAAUCAUGGGCAUUGUCUGGCUGGCUCAGUAUUACACGUCGUGCAAUGAUGUCACUGCCAAAAAUGUCACACUGGAGUUAAAUCUGAGCUAAGGCCAAACAGAGUCCCCCUAAAUGGAGCUUGAAGGGUAAUGGCACUCUAGGAGACUGCACGUCUUUUGCUUCACAAUGAUUUCAAGCUCGGCGGACGAGUGGCAAAAUGCUCGCUGAUGUCCCUUUGGAAACAUCAUCAUCAUCAUCGUAAUCAUCUGUAGAGGAACGAUAACGAGCGUCCUGCCUCCCGCUAGGAGAAGACUGCAAGGACAUACUCGAGACAAUACUCACAAUAAAAUAAACCCAACAAUCCCAUAUCUGCUGGGGAAACAGUAAAGCAGUGGGAGCCUUACUUCAUAAGUGGUGGAGUUGCCCAAAAAGCCCAACCAAGCUGGACCCAGAUCUACAAGAUACAGGAAUUCAUUAACUGAAAAUGGCGGCAACACCAGGCCGAGCAUUAUUCCCAUGGACUGGAGGAGUUGCCAAGGUAUCAGAGAAAACAUGUCUUCCAUGUAAUAACUUCAGCCAGACUUCUUCUAGCUAAGAACUGGAAUGAACCAAGAUCCCCCCACAGAAAUGAAUAGAUCAACCAGAGACUCCAGCUAGAACUAUGAACACACGGCUCUCAACCUCAACCCCCCAAAACUUCAAAUCAUUGGAAAGAAUGGAAGCUUAGAGAGCACUUACCCAAGGGGGGCCACAACAGUCAACAGAAGCUACAAUUUUAUUAUUAUUAUUAUUAUUGUGUAGGGACCCAUAGGGUUAAAUGGGUCAGGGUUGCCAGAUUUAUUUUUCCAAAUUAGCCAAGGAUAGUUCUAAACCAGCCUAAAACUAACCAAAAGACGCUUUGAAAGUAGCCCAAAAAUAGCCCAAUAUGACCAAUGGAAAAAACUUCUAAAAAACAAAAGUAUAUAUGGGAAAACUUGCCUUUGUAAAGCGUAUAAUCCCUACCCUGGGUGAGAGAGUACAGUGUAACCCACGUUACUCAGCUAUUGAGCUAAAAUAGAGGUUACAAUUGUUACUUUUUAUUCCUUAUCUUUCUUUUAAGUCUCCUAUUCCUCUCUCAUUCUAACUGGGGCCUGAUUGCUAAGGUAAACAAGGCCCUAGCAACCAGAUGGCUGUUGAAAUUCCAAAAUAAAAAAACAAUUGCAAAUUG